UCCCCGUUACCCCCGCCCUCCGACACACACUCACACACACACACAGGGACACACAUUACAGCCGCAGCCGGACCGAGCGCAGCAGAACCGGACCGGACUGAUGAGCGGGGCAACAUGGCCGCCACCUGUUUCUGAGCGAACUGUGACCAACCGAGAAACCUGAAGCAUCUCAGACCGAGGAAUCUCCUGCAGAGGAACAACCAGACUCCAGUGAGACGAACGUCUGAAGGUUUCUGACGCCGCCAUCAUGCAGACCGUGAAGUGUGUCGUCGUUGGCGACGGCGCCGUGGGCAAGACCUGCCUGCUCAUCUCCUACACCACCGGAGCGUUCCCCAAAGAGUACAUCCCCACCGUGUUUGACAACUACAGCAGCCAGGUGACAGUGGACGGACGGGUCAUCAGUCUGAACCUGUGGGACACGGCGGGCCAGGAGGAGUACGACCGGCUGAGGACGCUGUCCUACCCGCAGACCAACGUCUUCGUCAUCUGCUUCUCCAUCUCAAGCCCCGCCUCCUACGAGAACGUCAAACACAAGUGGCACCCAGAGGUUUCCCACCACUGUCCCAAUGUUCCCAUCCUGCUGGUCGGCACAAAGAGCGACCUCCGGAACGACGCAGAUAUCCAGAGGAAGCUGAAGGAGCAGAACCAGGCGCCCAUCACCCACCAGCAGGGCCUGAACCUGGCCAAGCAGGUCCAGGCGGUGCGCUACAUGGAAUGCUCGGCGCUGAACCAGGACGGCAUCAAGGAGGUGUUCGCCGAGGCGGUGAGGUCCUACCUGAACCCGCAGCCCACCGUCAGCAAGAGGCCCUGCGUCCUGCUCUGAGAGUCUGCUCUGAGAAAUGUUUCAACCUCUUUCCUCUCAUUUCAUUAGAUUUUUACCCUUUAAUUAGAAAAAAACGCAAUUUAAGACAGAGAUUAAGGGUUUUCCAGAACUUGUGAUGCAAAUUGACCGACUGUGGGUUGAAUGUGUAGCUCUGCUGUGAUUGGUUCAGACUCGACCAGAGCCAUCUGAGCAUGUGCAGAAUGUCUGAGAUCUUCUACAAACUCAGAUUUCAGCAAAAUGGUCCAAAAUUAUCCCCUGACAAUCAGCUUCAGAUACAGAUGGACCUGAAGAUAUCUUAGUCCUGCUGAAGCAUCCAUGAACCAGUAAAGCACCAGUAAAACCAGUGGCUCUGGUGGAGUCCGGCGCCAGGAACAGGUUUGGUUGUCUAAACUGAGAAUUUAACUGCAGAAACACUGUUUACAUGACGGCUCCGAUGAAAAUGCAAUAAUCCAACCCUGCCUGCUCUGCGUCACUCACCCUGAGAUCCUUACAAACGCUGGGAAACAUUUAGUUUGAUCAGACUGUAAAGAGCGACCAGUUGCGGUUUCUGCUCCAGCUGCCGAUUCUGCAGGGAAAUUAAUAAAUAUCAAGCAAAAACAAACAAAUCUGGACUAAAAACAGCAAUUUAAACAUGAUACAAAAAUAAUCAAUCUGAUUGUUCUAAUGAACCACCCAAGAGCAGGAAUGCAGCAACUGCAACAUUAAAAAGCUAAAAGGUUAGCGAAGCAGCUAAAUAGCUAAACUACAACCAAGAUAACCAGUCGUAGUUAAAUAUCCAAACUAUUUAAAUUAGAAUGUCUGAUUUCAAACUGAAUGUUUCUGCAGGUUUUUGUUUUUUUUAGCUAAGCUGCUAAACCAGCUAAACCACUUUAGCUUUGUUUGCUUCCAUCUUCUGUUAAAUUUAUUGAUAAUUUGUUUUUAUUGAAGUAAUUUACAUUAUUUUAUUUAAGUGGAAAGUACAAUAAAAACAAGUUUCAUAUUGA